GUUCAAUCGUAUAAAUUUAUACCUCUAGUUUACCAGAUUGCUUCAAGAAUGGGCUGCUCGAAGGAUGGUCAAGGCACAAAUAAUUUUCAGGUAGCGUUGGUUUCUCUCGUGAAAAAAAUGGCUAUAGACCAUCCGUACCACACAAUACAUCAGCUUCUUGCUCUGGCAAACGGUGAUCGUGUCAAAGAUAAACAACGCAGCAGAAACUCAUUUAUUGUGGAUAUGGACAAAAAACUUGCAGCGGAAUAUCUAUUAAAGGAGUUAACAUCCUACCAUGGAGCUCUGAUUAAACAAGUCAAGCAAAUGGUGGAAAUUUAUAUCAAGCUUGCAGAAUUGGAGACAAGGAGAGAGGAUACUAAUAAAAGGAUGAUACUUCCAAGAGAACUGCGUAGUCUUCGGCCACUGGAACUU